AACUACAGUUUAUCUAUUACAGCUGAGUGAACGAGUCUGAGGAAGAGGCACUUGUCACAACAUAAAUCUAUCCACUGUCAGUGCUUCCAUGCAUGUUGCACGUACCGCGUCAAUUAACAUUCAUCUGUAGAAGCGACUAAAAUUAAUAAUGGCGGACAUAUUGAGCGCAAUGCCGGUGGAUGAAAACUACACAAGUAGUGUCUCAUCAGUAGUGGGUUUUGAGCAGGCAUGGAGAUACAUGACAGACAACUACACAAGGUUUCAGAUAGCAGCCUUCGGAUCUGGAUUCUUUCAUUUUCUAUCGUACAUUUUGAUUUCCUUACCAUCUGUCGUCUUCCAGUUCAUCCCUUAUAUGCAACGCUUCAAGAUCCAGCAAGAUAAGCCACUGACUGGUGCCAAUCAGUGGGAAUGUAUAAAGCUACUUCUUGUGAAUCAGUUUGUUAUACACAUCCCCUUCUAUCUUGGAGCGUACUACUACUGUGAACUCGUCAACCUUCCAUUCACCUACGAUACAAUGCCUAAAUGGUAUGUUACCCUUGCUCAUUGCUUCGCCUGUCUGGUGAUAGAAGAUACCUGGCAUUAUUUCAACCACCGUCUCCUUCAUCAUAAGAGCAUCUAUAAGUAUAUUCACAAACUACAUCAUACAUGGCAGUCUCCCUUUGGAAUGGUGGCCGAGUAUGCUCAUCCAAUUGAAACAAUGGUGCUCGGUAUGGGUACCAUGUGGGGUAUUCUGCUGUUUGGUGAUCAUCUAAUCCUUCUAUGGGUAUGGAUGUGGAUUCGACUCAUCGAAACCAUUGAUGUUCAUUCUGGAUAUGAUGUUCCACUCAACCCAAUGCAUCUAUUCCCAUUCUACGGAGGUGCCAAGUUCCACGAUUUUCACCACAUGAACUUCAACGGAAACUACGCCCCGACGUUCACUUGGUGGGAUAAGAUAUUUGGAACCGAUAUUCAGUUUAAAGAAUACUAUGAAAUGAAGGAGAUAGAAGCUAAGAAACAGAAGUGAUCAUGAUACUAUGACAUGAAUGGGGUGGCGUCACUGAAGGGAAAGACCACACCCCCUCCCCCUCUAUAUGAUUUUUCAAGUGAUGAAAAAAAAAUCGUUAAUUGUAAAGUGAGAAGUUGGUCGUAGCACAUAAUUCCAUAUUCUUUUAUUGGUAAGAAAAUGACGUCACCGUAAUAUCACGGCGACGCUCCUAUAAGAGGACAACAAAAUCGAAAAUUUGAAAUGAACAGUACAGUUAAAAAAAUGUGUGAAUAAGAUUUUUAUAUUUUCGAAAUAUAUUUUUUUGAUGUUCUGCAGAAGCAAAGAAAUAGUGACAAAGAUGAACAAUUAAAAUUGCAGAAGUAUUCAUGAAUAUUCUUGCUGCCUAAAUAAUUCCAAAAAUGAAUGAAGUAUUACAGUUUGAAUAAAAAGAGAUAUGUCACGGUUGGUCUUCAUUUUAAAUGAAAAUUCAUGAAAAUGGUAUAAGUGAAUGACUAUUAAAAUAAGAAUAAGAAGCAAAGAACCUUAGACAGUCAGGAUUAUCAAUUUAAAAACUUGAAUUCUCGUUAAAGGGAUAGUCCGGGCUGAAAGUAUGUAUAGCUUAAUAAAUAGAGUAGAAUUCACAGAGCAAAAUGCCGAAAAUUUUAUCAAAAUCGGAUAACAAAUAACAAAGUUAUUGAAUUUUAAAGUUUAGCAAUAUUUUAUGAAAACAGUCGUCAUGAAUAUUCAUUAGGUGGGCUGAUGAUGUCACAUCUCCACUUGUUCUUUUGUAUUUUAUUGUAUGAAAUUAGGUUUAUUCAAAUUUUUUCCUCCAAGAACUAGAAAAAUUGGAUUGACAAUGAUUUAGUACAUUAAAUAUUUAUUGCUGCAACUUAUUUUAUUAUUAGGGAGACAUAUUAUUCACACAAGUAUGAAAUGAUGAAAAAAUUAUGAUUUUAUGUAAUAACAUAAGAAAACGGAAAGUGGAGAUGUGACAUCAUCAGCCCACCUAAUAUAUAUUCAUGACGACUGUUUUCACAUGAUAUUGCUAAAUUUUAAACUUCAAUAACUUUAUUAUUUGUUAUCCGAUUUCGAUGAAAUUUUCGGCAUUUUGCUCAGUGAAUUCUACUCUAUGUGUAUUAAAAUAUAUAUAUUUUCAGCCUGGACCAUCCCUUUAAUCAAUCUUUACCUCGAGGAAAUCGAGAAAAAAAAGCAGUUUGGUUUCGACGUUCAAAAAACAAACGAUACUUCAAUACACUAUUCACACUAUAUAAGGAAUAUGGAAAAGCAAUAUACGUUCAUUUUUCCAAUCCAACUUGAUUGUGGUAACGAUCUCAAAAUGAGUUCGAACAGAAUCCAAUUAAAUGGCCACCCAAGGGUUUGUAUGUAUGAAUAAAAGAUAUGUGCCAAAUAUAUGUCCUUGUAUACAUUUUAUUUUGUCUUUCCUUUGAUUUCUCUCUCUCUUUAUUCUGAUAUCAGUGUUAAAUCGAUAAUUAUUUCCAUGGGAACCUACAUGUAUAUGUUCUAUACAACCUAUGUUUUCAACAAUUUCCUCAUAUUUCAUGUCAUACCAUUUCUUUGUUGAAAAAAUCAUUGUUAUUUUGGCCAUUCUAUUUUUAUAAAAUUAUUUUCAAGAUGAAUAGUAUUGUAGUGUAUAGUUCAUUUUGUCUAAUGUGAAACAUUCGAAUACAAAAACCCUCAGAGUAGGUACAAAAUAUUAUGUAGAAAGAGGGAGUUAUGUUUUAAAUAUUGUUCCUGAUUUAAAAAAAAAAUAAGCGUAACAUUUUAUCAGAGAAGUAGAUCAUUGGACAGUAUUAUUUUUCGAUUGGAAGAAAGACAAUGUGCAUGAGGCACUCGAAACGAGAAGAAUAAAAACAAAGAAUAUAAAUUAUCAGAUCUGGAGCAAACAUUUUCAUCAGACGAUUAGUUUGCAAUGCAAGCCAUCUCGUUUGAAGAAAGUGCAUUGGAUUUUACUCCAGCCUAACAGCGGCCCUGACCGUGCUGGUUUAUACUUAAAGGACAAUCAAGUGGUGUUAUGUUGGACUUGUAUCAAGGAACAUUUUGUCGAUUAAAGUUCAGUAAGGGUCUGUGUCUGUAUUAUAAGCGUCAAUUAAGUUGAAAAUUGAAAGAGUACUAAUUGGUUCUUUGAUAUUUAACCAGUUUGAUUGGGAAUCGUAAAAUUGCAUUCUCUUUAAUAACGCCUCCCACAUUUAUCAUUUUUGAAUAAACAUGAAAUGCAAUGAAA